AUGUGCUCCCUCCCCAUGGCAAAAUACUACAUAAUUAAGGAUGCAGAGCAGAAGGCUCUGUGCAUGCGGGAUGGCCAGUUCCUGGUGGGAGAUCCCGAUGCCGACAACUGUCAUGCAGAGACCAUCUGCAUACUCCCCAACAGAGACCUGGAACGCACCAAGUUCCCCAUCUUCUUGGGGGUCCAGGGAGGUAGCCGUUGCCUGGCAUGUGUGGAGACAGGGGAGGGGCCUUCCCUGCAGCUGGAGGAUGUGAACAUUGAGGACCUAUACAAGGGCGGAGAAGAGGCCACCCGCUUCACCUUCUUCCAGAGAAGCUCAGGUCCCGCUUUCAGGCUCGAGGCUGCUGCCUGGCCUGGCUGGUUCCUCUCUGGCUCCUCUGAACCCCAGCAGCCCCUGCGACUUACCAAGGAGAGUGAACCCUCAGCCCGCACUGAAUUCUGCUUUGAACAGAGUCGGUAG